AAAAAACAAAGACCAAUCUAAAAGAUAACAAAGACCCAUGUUAAAUCAACGACCUCUCUCUAAUCUCUCUAUAUAUAAUCUUUUCUUCUUCUUCUUCUCUUUUAUUUCAUAACCUCUAAAAAGACUAAAAUAACAUGGAAGCAACAAAGAAACUCUUUGUUCUCCUCUGCCUCUUUCUCACCAUUAACCAAGCUAUCUCUGAAUCCGAGCACAUGGCGACUUUCUGCAACGAAUCAUCCGGAAACUUCACUAGCAACACAACUUACAACAAAAAUCUCAACACUCUUCUCUCUACUCUUAGCAACCAAUCAUCAUUCGCUAACUACUAUAAUCUCACGACCGGUCUAGCUUCAGACACAGUCCAUGGAAUGUUCUUAUGCACAGGAGACGUCAACAGAACAACAUGCAACGCCUGCGUCAAGAAGGCAACAAUCGAGAUUACCAAAAACUGCACUAACCAUCGAGAAGCAAUCAUUUACUACUUUGAUUGUAUGGUUCGAUACUCAGAUAAGUUCUUCCUCACGACCCUAGAGACCAAGCCUAGCAUUUGGUGGUCAUCUCACGAUUUAGUACCCAAAUCAUAUGGUAAAUUUGGACAGAGACUGUCUGAGAAAAUGGGAGAAGUUAUCGUUAGAUCAUCUUUGUUGUCUUCAUCGUUUUCGCCAUAUUAUCUUAUGGAUACAACUAGAUUCGAUAACUUGUAUGAUCUUGAGUCUAUUGUUCAGUGUAGUCCUCAUUUGGAUCCAACAAACUGCACCACAUGCCUGAAACUUGCGUUGCAAGAACUCACUGACUGCUGUGGUGAUCAGGUUUGGGCUUUCAUCUUCACUCCCAAAUGUUUAGUGAGUUUUGAUACCUCAACUUCAUCAUUGCCACCGCUUCCACCGCCAAGUCGCAGCGGUUCCUUCUCCAUUAGAGGAAAUAACAAAAUACUUGGGGGAAUGGCUCUUGCUGUGGCCGUUUGGGUGUUUGCAUUUUUGGGUUUAUGAUCGAUACAUAUAUUAGAAAAAACGUUUGUUUGAGUUUCGAUUUGGAAUUUUUUGCUAAGAGCAAAACAAAAAAACAUUGUUUCCGUUAAUUAUGCUUCAAUUUAUUUUCCUCUUUUGAUGUGGUGAUACAAUUCAGUUGUUGUAAGGAUCCUCUUUUUAUAAUGAUUUUGUGUUUUUAAUUCA